UGUUUCUUAUUUUAUAUAUAUAAGAGGGUUUAUGAGUUUUAUUCUCUGGAUUUCUAGCUAUGAUGAGCUUUUGAUAAAUCAUAAAACAAGAUCUACUUUUUAUUACAAAUUUCAGAAUUUUCCUUGGGUUUUGGAAAGUUGGGGGUGGUCUUUUCUAGAUUCCUCAACCUUGAGAAAAAAAAAUUCAAAAUAAAUAAAUAAAUCAAGAUUCUCUUCUUAUGCCUUUUUUGUGUUUGAUUAAAUGCCUCUGAGAGUGAGAUAAUAAAAAGACUCCUCAUUUCUCAAUCAUUUGCCAAGAAAACCAAAAGGUGUUGUUUAUUUUGGUGGUGUUUUCCACUCUACAUGAUCAAGAAAACAUGAAUAGAGAAAUGGGAUUUCUAUCCCCUGCAACAUACAUCAAGAAUUCUAGCUGGUUGUUUGAGGAAAACAAGGAGACAAGAUGGACACCUGAAGAGAACAAAGUGUUUGAAGAAGCACUUGCUUUAUUUGAUAAAGAUACACCAGAUAAAUGGUAUAAUGUAGCAGCAAUGAUCCCUGGGAAAACAGUGAAUGAUGUGAUCAAACAAUAUAGAGAAUUGGUAGAAGAUAUUAGUGAUAUAGAGGCAGGGCUAAUACCAGUACCUGGCUAUACUACUAGUAAUUCUUUCACAUUAGAGUGGGUCAAUAAUCAAGAUGCUUUUCAUGGAUUCAAGCAAUUUUAUGGUCAAUCUGGGAAACGAGGCUCGUCGAAUCGAACUUCUGAACAUGAAAGGAAGAAAGGUGUGCCAUGGACUGAAGAAGAGCACAAGCAAUUUCUGCUGGGGCUGAAAAAGUAUGGAAAAGGAGACUGGAGAAAUAUUUCACGCAAUUUUGUGACCACAAGAACUCCAACUCAGGUAGCUAGCCAUGCUCAGAAAUACUUUAUUAGGCAGCUUUCCGGUGGAAAAGAUAAAAGGAGAUCAAGCAUACAUGAUAUCACAGUUGUCAAUCUUACGGAAUCCAAGUCUACUUUCCCUGAGGAUCAUAAAUCUGCCCCUUCUCAACAAGCACAACAGCAUUCAAAAAUGAAUGGCAUGGUAAAAACACUAUGUGAGUAUAAUUCACCAAAUCAAGAAUCAGACAUAACAUUCAACUCAUCAAGUGGUGGUCUGAUGGCCAUGCCUUUUCGAGGGGCUCCAUCAUAUGGACUCGAGCAUGGAAUGCAUAACAUUGCUCUACAAGGUCUCCAGUUUGGUAACUACAAUACUAUGUGUUGAGUCAGGGAAGAUUGAAAGUUCAGUCCUUGUUGGUCAAGAGCAGUGAGGAUUCAUAUAGCCGUCUCCAACUUGCUUGGAAUUGACGCACAGCUGUUGUUGUCGUUUGUCAAGACCACGAGCGAAAACAAUCACUAUUAGAAAGAGAUUUGCUUUAGUUAGUUCAUAUUGCAACCUAAGUGGGAUUGCUCAUUAUUUAGGAAAACUUUGAGCUAUUUCCUUGCACUAAUUUGUCUGCUGUGUUUCUUCAAAGUUGUGAAUGAGGUUGAUUUAAACAGAUUUGCUGACUAAGAUUACUCAACACAAUCAAGCUAAUUAUGAAGCUGCCAAGUUGAUUAAGGUCACAAACUAGUCAUUAGUGAAAACAUCUAGUAUGCUAGGUGUUCAAUAUCUCUCUACAUUAUAGUUGGUCUCAGUUUAUUCAUUUUGCUUCUGUUGCAAAGAAACGAGAAUUAUGAUAAGGCUGAAUUUAUUCAGAGAAAAUAAAGAAGAAACUAGUAUUCAA